AUGCCUACAUCCACCAAUCAAUCAACGGAUAGGGGAAGCCCAGCUCUGCUCUUGAUAGGCCCGCAACUAUCUCGUGUCACUGCAAACGAUGUAAUCCGGCUUCGUUCAACCAUUAAAGACACUGCAGAACUGUUUUUCCUCCUCGAAGCAGUCAAUGAGCUAGAGACAAUAUGGCCGACAUUGGUGGAAACAUUCCCUGAACUCGAGACACUACCGGGAGAUUUGGCCUGCGAAGACAUUGAGUUAAACGUGCUUACAGUGUUAUUCCAUGUCGUUGAUUUCUGGCGGGCGUCGGCGACGAAAAUACAGAGUGGAAUAUUCCCUUCACUCCCUCAUAGCUCUUCGCAUUUGGCCGACAUCCAGGGUCUCUGCAUCGGCUUUCUGACUGCUGCUGCCGUCUCCUGUUCAAUGUCUGGGGAGAUCUUCAGGAGAAAUAUCGCUGUCUCACUUCGUAUUGCUGUCGGUGUGGGUGCCCUGGUAGAGUAUGACAGUACCACAAAGGCCGCCGCGUCUAUCUCAGUGGGCUGGAGCUCACAUUCAGAGCGGCAAGCGCUACAAGGCCUUUGUGAGAAAUAUGCGGAGAGUUACAUCUCUUGUAUUACUGAUGACGCACGCGUCACAGUCACUCUGCCUGGCCCUGAACUCGAUCCCUUUCUGGAAGAGCUCACACACACAGGGUUAUCUGCCCAGUCGAUUGGUCUCAUUGGUCGGUAUCAUCACCGUGGUACGUACCAAGAGGCUGUUUACCGGUUUAAGGGCCUCUGCAAUCGUGAUCCGCGUUUCCAGUUUCCCAAUUUGAACGAUCUCUACCUACCACUGAGAUCCAACGUUGACGGAGGCAUCAUUUCCGGGUCCUUACAUGACGCUGCGAUCAACACCAUAUUGCUAGAACAAUGCAAUUGGGUCCAAACAGUACGGCAAGCGUUUGGCAAUAAUGCCGGAGAACCCAAGCAGAUCGUGCCGAUAGGCUCUAUGGUUCCGAUUCCCCGUUCGGUGGUUAAACACCCGGUGUCGAACGGGGAGGCAGUCGGUUCCAGAAGUACUAGAGUGAAUGGAUCGACGAACGGAGCUUCUCAUACACUCCCACAUGGUGCGACUGCCAGUGCAGAAUCGGACAGCAUUGAAUCUCUUGUGGCCGCAGAUCCGCCAGUUAUAGCGGUCAUUGGAAUGGGCUGCCGCUUCCCGGAAGCUGAAGGCCUGGAAGAAUUCUGGGAAUUGAUGCAAUCCGGGAAGUCCGCUGUACGUCCGCUGUCUGAGGACCGGUUCAAGCCCUCAGACCUCAGCCGUGGCCCAAACGGAGCAUUUUGGGGUAACUUUCUUCGCGCCCCGGACGAAUUUGAUCAUCGCUUCUUUGGCAUUUCUGGAAGAGAAGCAAAAUAUAUGGAUCCGCAGCAACGUCUACUUCUGCAGGUAGCGUACGAAGGGCUGGAAUCGGCUGGGUACUUUGGCCUCCGCAAUUCACACAACACAGAUCCCUCAGACGUCGGAUGUUACAUCGGCAUUGGGUCAGUCGAUUAUGAGGAAAAUAUCAACUCCCAUGACACUACUGCAUUCUCUGCAGUCGGGUCACUGAGAGCCUUUAUAAGUGGCCGAGUUAGUCAUCACUUUGGAUGGACCGGCCCAUCGAUCACAGUUGACACUGCGUGCUCCUCGGGGGCAGUAGCAAUUCACUCGGCGGUGAAUGCUUUGAAAAGUAAAGAGGUAUCCAUGGCUGUGGCCGGAGGCGUGAACGUGAUUACUAGCCCGUUUCUGUAUCAAAACCUUGCUGGGGCAUCUUUUCUGAGUCCUACCGGCGCCUCAAAGGCCUUUGAUGCAGGCGCCAACGGUUACUGUCGAGGAGAAGGUGUCGGGGUAGUGGUGCUCAAAACACUCCCUCAGGCUCUUGCUGAUGGUAACUCCGUUCUCGCGCUUAUCAGAGCGUCGGCUGUCAAUCAGGCGAUGAAUUGCGGCCCCAUCACGGUCCCUGUCUCAGCGUCCCAAACCUCGUUAUACCGGAAGGCACUAUCGACGGCUGGAGUUGAUCCAAGAGAUGUCACGUAUGUUGAAGCACAUGGAACAGGAACGCCUGUAGGCGAUCCAAUCGAAUGCGAAAGUGUGCGCCAGGCGUUUGGAGGGCCACAACGCGAACAUGAACUAUUCGUUGGGUCGGUCAAGGACAACAUCGGACACACCGAGUCAGCGUCCGGUGCUGCGGCUCUCAUUAAGACAGAAACAAUCCCAUGGACGCCAGCGAGACGAAUUGCCGUUGUCAAUAACUACGGAGCGGCUGGCAGCAAUGUUGCAAUUGUUGUCGACGACCCAACGUCUAUACAGAGCAAAGCGGUGAUCGCGGAUGCAGUGAAAGAAUAUUCGGUCAUUCCCUCUUCCCCUUUUUUCAUAUCCGCAAAAUCUCCUGAAGCUCUACAGGAGUACUGUUCAUCAUUCUCGCUGCAGCUGUCGUUAGCCUGGGAAAAACAGUUCGGUGCUCAGGCAACUCAGGCUUUGGCGUACAACUUGUCGGUAAAACAAAACAGACAACUUGAUUACAACUACACUUUCAGCGCAUCGUCUGUCAAUGAACUGAAGGCUGCACUUAAUCGCGUCAACGAACGGGAUUUCCGCAAACGUCCCCAAGGUAAUCGUCCUGUUGUCUUGUGCAUUGGAGGCCAGAAUGGGUGCACAGCACAAAUUGACCCUGGUAUCUAUGAGACCUGCAGCUUAUUCAAGAACCACCUGGACGCCUGUGAAGCAACGUGUCAGAUCCUGGGGCUUCCGAGCCUGUUUCCGAGUAUCUUCCAGUCUCAACCGAUUGAAGAUCUCGUUUCGCUGCACUGCAUUCUUUUCUCUAUACAAUACUCUUCCGCCAAGUCAUGGUUGGAUACCGGUCUGGAGGUCGAUACUAUCAUCGGUCAUAGCUUUGGGCAACUUACAGCCUUGGUUGUAGCCGAUGCCGUGUCUCUAGAGGAUGGGCUCCGUCUACUCUCGGAACGUGCCCGUCUUCUUAAAUCUUGCUGGGGCGGUGACCCAGGCUCCAUGUUGUCAAUUCAAGGAGGGGACACCAAAGUUCGGUCACUCCUGGAUACUACAAAUAAGCUACAUCCGGGGCUGUCUCACGACAUUGCAUGCUUUAAUGGCCCAGACGCAAUUGUCGUCGCUGGGUCAACGGAGUCUAUAGAAGCCGUUGAAGAAACAUCAAGAGCAGAUGGACUUUAUUCUCACUUGAAGCUUGUGAGGCUGAGGAAUACGCACGCCUUCCAUUCAAGACUCGUUGAAGCAAUUGUACCUGGUCUCAGGAAAGUUGCUGCAGACAUCAAAUUCCAAGUACCAUCGUUACGGAUUGAGUCGUGUUCAAAGGACCAAGACUGGACGCUGCCUAUCAAUGCUGAAAUUAUUGUUCAGCACAGUCGAAUGCCUGUCUACUUCUAUGAAGCGGUACAGCGAACUGCGCGCCGUCUCGGUUCUUGCGUCUGGGUCGAGGCUGGAUCAGCUUCUCCUAUUAUUCCAAUGGUGCGCAGGGCUUUGGGAAGCACUGAAGCAAGCUCUGAUAGUGUCUUCCAACCCCUGAGCUUGUGCGAACCAGAGGGCGUAUCUAAUCUUUCACGAGCGACAGCCAACUUGUGGGCAGCCGGGGUGGGGAUUCAGUAUUGGCCCUUUCAUAAGUCUCAAAAAGUUCAAUUUCCGUGGAUCAAUCUCCCGUCUUAUCCGUUCCGCAAGACAUCACAUUGGUUGCAAUAUAACCCUCCCGUGGUGGCUCCCAAAGAGGACUCUCCUACCACAUCAGAACAGGGUCCGGGACAACUCCUCAAUCUGCUCGAGAGCGACCACCAGAGUGCAACCUUCCAAGUUAAUUGCUCUCAUCCAAUGUUCGUGCUUUGCACAAAUGGGCAUGCGGUUCUCAAUCAAAGUCUGUGUCCAGCGUCAAUGUACGUGGAGAUAGCCGCACAUGCAGUGACCGAGCUUGGUGGGGGCGGUCCUACAGCGGGUCUCCAUUCGAGCGCGAACAAUCGGCGUGGGGAUUCACCCUUCAAUUCUCGCAGCGAGAGCCAACAAACCAGAGAUCCGUCCACGAAACAUGCCCACGGAACCAUCUGCAUGGACACUCCCGAAAGCCAGUUUCCCACCGGCAGGCUUCAGUCGCUCAAACGGCUAGUCAGCCAGGUACGGCAAGACAGUGUGUCUGGAACUCCGGGUGUUAAUAUGCUAAAUGACAAGGCCAUUAUUUAUCGACUCUUUGGACAGGUCGUUAACUAUGCUCCCUUCUACCAGGGAGUGGAACAUCUGGUUUCCAAGAACAACGAGGCUGUGGGCUCGGUGCACGUUCCAUCAGCCCAGGACCCGGUCAUGAAAAGCGCACGAUGCGAUCCAAUCACGGUAGACAACUUUCUUCAGGUUGCAGGAAUCCUCGUCAAUUGUCUCUCGGAUAGUGUUGACGGUCACAUCUAUAUCUGCACAGAACUUGGACACCUUUAUCUGAGCGAGAAUUUCUUCGUCAAACGGGGGAAACGAAGUCCUGGGAUGUCUAUACGACUAUUUCACCCUGUCACAGGUGAACUGUUUGCCAUGGUCAUUGGGGCCACCUUUCAUAGUGUCGCUGUGAAGUCACUCGUCGCCAUGCUGGCGAAUCUCAAUACGCCUGGUGUGAGUCUGGCGAAUACUCAAACUACCCAACCUGCGACAAAUGGAACAAAGGGGGUGAAGAACAGCCAAACCUUGAAUUCCGUACACACCAAUCUUUAUUCCGCAAAUAACCGGGAUAGUGGUAACGUUGUUGGUAUUGAACAGAACAUGGAUUGGAUUCUUAGUGAACUACAGCAACUACUCAGCUCAGCGACUGAGAUUCCUGUUAACGAGAUCGCACCAACCACUUAUCUGACGAACAUUGGUAUCGACUCGCUCAUGAGUACGGAAGUCUUGAGCGAUAUAAGGCGACAGUUUCAUGUUAAUAUUCCGGUCUCCGAAUUCAUCGCUCUUGACACUGUUCUCGCUGUCGCUGAAUCCCUUCAUUCACACUCCAAAGCAGAGUCCAACGCCAGGCAUAUCAAAGAAAACAAGGUCAAUGGACGCGAAGUCCACUUACCUUCCUUUGGUCCCGCUCAGGAACUCCUUGGUGACAUUUUAGGAGUGUCGGUCGAUGAAAUCUCUGUUGAUAUGUCUCUUGCUGAUCUGGGCGUGGAUUCUUUGGUCUCUACGGAACUCUUGAGCGAGGUCAAGAAACGAUUUGGCAUUGCCAUUACGACGGAAGGAUUCCAAGAUAUUCAGUGUGUUGGUGAUCUUUCUCGCCGCGUUCAGGCACCAAACUCUGCACCUUCCAUUCCUGGGCCUCGUAAUGGGCACCAGAACGGAAGCAUGAAGUCACGACAAGAUCCUCCCAAUCAGCGGAUAGAAGUCCAAAAUCUGGAACCAACGCGGACAACGGGCUCAUUCAUAUCAGUUGCCCAGGAAUGUUUUCUCAGUGCUCGGAGUAGCAUGGAAGAGAUGUCUAACCUAACACAAUACUCCGGCUUCUGCCAGCGUGUACUUCCUGCACAGGAGGAGCUUGUGGUGGCAUACGUCAUCCAGGCGUUCGAUAGUCUGGGCUGCCCAUUGGGCGCUUUGAACGUUGGUCAAAAUCUCCCAGACACAUCAGUCCUUCCUAGACAUCAUAAGGUGAAGAACCAAAUCUAUAAGUUACUGGCAGAACAGGGCCUGAUCGAAUGCAACGCUUCUGGUCAAUUUAGACGGACCAAGAAACCGGCGCCCCUCGAGCAGCCUGAAAAGUUGCUGGAGUGGAUCAUCUCAAAGUUCCCGCAGCAUGCAUUUGAGCACACUCUACUCGCAUCCACGGGUUCCAAACUCGCCGAAUGUCUUACCGGGAAAGCCGACCCACUGGAGAUACUCUUUGGCAGUACCAAAUCCAGAGCCUUGCUGGAAAAUGUCUACACCCACGCCCCUAUGUUUGAAACGGGCACCAUGAGCUUGACACAGUAUCUUGUGGGCGUGUUUCAAGCCUUUGGCGAAAGAAGACCGAUCCGUGUUUUAGAACUUGGCGCAGGCACAGGAGGAACCACCAAGCGCCUUGUGGAGGCUCUCAUAACCACUGGAAAAGAAUUCGAAUACACAUUCACCGACAUUUCGGCCUCGCUCGUGGCCGCCGCGCGGAGAAAGUUUGCGCAACACAGCUUCUUUCAUUACGCAGUUAUAGACAUCGAGCAAGACCCACCGGCACAGUACCAGAAUCAGUACGACAUCGUUAUCUCAACGAAUUGUAUCCAUGCCACGAAAGACCUGACCGUCUCUUGCACAAAUAUCAACAAACUGCUGCAUUCAAACGGCCUACUGUGUCUGGUGGAGCUCACUCGAAACUUGUUCUGGUUCGACCUUGUCUUUGGUCUCCUCGACGGAUGGUGGCGCUUCGAAGAUGGCCGUCAACACGCAUUGGCGAGCGAAACCUUGUGGAGGAAAUGUCUCACGCGAUCAGGGUUCCAGUGGGUGGACUGGACUGCAGGCAUCACGGAGGAAUCGAGCAUUCUCCGUGUCAUUGUUGCCUCGCCCUCUAAUGUCACUCACACUACGACAGAGACGGUGGAGUUCAAACGAGUGGGAGACCUGUCCCUUAAGGCAGAUAUCUACUAUCCCCGAAAUGUCGUCAGCCGCGACAAGAGGCUUCCAGUCGCUCUAAUGAUCCACGGAGGAGGUCAUAUCAUGCUGUCGCGGAAGGACAUCCGCCCCUCGCAGGCUGAAACACUGCUCGAUCACGGCUUUCUUCCUGUCAGUAUAGAUUACCGACUAUGUCCGGAGAUCACCUUGUCGGAGGGCCCAAUGACCGAUGUAUACGACGCUCUUGCAUGGGCACGUACUGUUCUGCCCCGUCUUCCACUCCAACGUCGUGAUAUUUCCAUUGAUGGCGAGUGUGUUGUGGGGAUUGGCUGGUCUACUGGAGGCCAUCUCGCUCUUACAUUGGGAUUUACAUCCCCGCUGAGGACAAUCCGACCUCCUGACGCCAUUCUCGUGUUUUACUGUCCGCUGGACUAUGAGGAUCCGUUCUGGAGCGAGCCAAAUUUCCCCUUCGGGGAUAGUGCAUCACCGAGCACACUUAUGCAACACGACCUUUUGCAUGGCGUGCACGACAAGGUUAUCACGGCCUAUAACCCACCAAGGUCGAGGCGGGCUCUAGGUGGAUGGAUGGCACCUAGCGAUGACCGGUCGUUGAUCGCGCUGCACAUGAACUGGAAGGGUCAUACGCUGCGGAUUUUGCUGAAUGGCUUGUCAAAACACUCAGGAGUGAUGUCUAGCGAUGAGCUCCCUGAACCAACCCAAGAACAAAUCCAGGCUGUGAGCCCGCUGGCUCAGAUACGCCGUGGCGCAUAUACCACCCCUACUUUCAUCAUUCACGGCACGGAAGACGAUCUUAUUCCCUGGAAACAGGCAGUGAGGACUUUUGAAGCACUGCGACAACGCAGCGUCAUUGCAGACCUCCGCAUUCUCGACGGUGCAGAGCACCUUUUCGAUCUCUACCCAUCUUACAAAGAUGAUUUGCAGGCAGCAAAAGCUGUGCAGGAUGGAUAUGAAUUUCUUCGUAGGCACGUUGGACUGUGA